AUGGCUGGCGAUGCAUCCCACAACCCCGGGCCAACAAGCAUGUCAGUUGCCCAGCGCAUGCGACAUUUCAAUGGCCGGCUUGUCUUCAUCAUGCUAUACAUGGCGUUCUGUGCCUUCAACUACGGAUUUGACGUUGGAACCUUUGGAGGCGUCCAAGCUAUGCAUAGCUUCGCCAGUCAGUUUGGAAAAUGCGACAAAGACGAUGUCUGCGCCCUUCCCGGAUGGCUGUCCUCAGUGAUGACUGCUACCCCCUUUCUCGGCAAAGCGGCGGGUUGCAUUGUAUGUGGCUGGGUAGCAGAAAGAUGGGGUCGUGGAGCCGCCAUUAUCUUGCUUUGCGUUGCAUCCUUCAUCGGAGUUGCCUUACAAACAUCCGCUACCACCUCAGCCCAGUUCACAAUCGGCCGUGUCAUUACAUACGCCAUGACUGGCAUGGCCAUUAUGGUCAUUCCCAUUUAUUCAGCCGAGGUGGCUCCCGAGGUCCUCCGGGGCAUGUUUGGCUCGACAAUCCAAGUAAUGGUCAUCUUCGGCCAAGUUGUUUCCACAAUCAUCACCUACGGCACCAAGAAUAUCGAAGGGGCCGCAGCAUGGCAGAUCCCAAUCGGAUUGCAGCUUGUGGUGCCUGGAAUCAUCACCGCGCUUUUGCCUUUUCUGCCCGAGUCUCCUCGUUGGCUACUCAGCAAAGAUAGGCGGGAGCUUGCAGUGGCUAAUCUGAAGAAAUUAAGGAAGGGAGUUAGCGAGGAAGACAUCCUGACCGAGGCGGAUGCGUUGACGUUUGCUCAUGCUCACCAAGAGAAAGGCACUUGGGCUGAAGUUUUCGACAAAUCGAAUCGGAUCCGUACCGCCGUAGCCGUUUUAGCCAUGUUCGGCCAGCAGAUCACCGGCCAGGCGUUUCCGUCCCAAUACGGUGUCAUAUUCUACCAGUCGCAAGGCUAUGGAGACAAGUCGUUCCUCUUCAACAUAAUCUCCAACGUCAUAUCAAUGGGCGCCGUCAUCAUUACUUGGUUUUACAUCGAUGGCGCCGGUCGUCGGCCGAUUCUCAUGACUGGCGGUUUCUUGAUGGGAGCAUUUCUGUUCAUCCUCGGCGGUCUGGGAUCUAUCAACAUGAACACCAUCAACCAACAUGAGAAGGAACUCAUGGUAGCUUCUGUUAUGCUAUUUCAGUUCUUCUUCAACCUUUCUUGGGCUCCUUGCUCAUACGUUAUUGUCUCCGAAACAGCAGCUCAGCGCGUUAAGGAAAAGACAAACCUGCUGGCUUGUGUUAUUUCAGUCCUCACAACCUUUGCCACCUCUUUUACCAUGCCAUACCUGAUCAACGCACGAUAUGCCAAUCUUGGUGGUAAAGUUGGCUAUAUCUACGGUACCAUUAAUUUCAUAAUGAUCGUUUUGACUUUCUUUUUUAUUCCAGAGCUUAAAGGGAGAUCUUUGGAAGAGGUGGAUCAGCUUUUCGCUAGCGGGGCACCCCUUCGGAAUUUUGCAAAGAUCAGCACAAAGACUAUUGUAGAGGUUUACAAAGAAGACAUUAAGCAUGUGGAAAACCCUAUUGAGAAUGGAGUUGAGAAAGCUUAA